AUGCGGUCUGACAGCGACACGGAGACCGACAGCGCCGUUCUGCCUCCCCCGACAACCGCGAACGAGAAGCAGCACAAGCCUUCAACGUCGGAUUCGGUGUCCAACUCGGCCACGACCGUGGCUGAGAAGGAAUGGGUCAAGCACGAGGAUGCCGCUGAGCAGGAAGAGCGGAUGAACAACGAGGUCUUGCAACUCGCCCGCCGAUUCACCACCCAGUCCCAUGGCGCCCCGGGUGCUUUGUUCCCCGUUCCCGCCGAGGGCCCCUUGAAUCCUGCCAGCCCCAAUUUCAACGCGAGAAAGUGGGCAAAGGCGUUCUACGACAUCCGCACCGACACCUCUGAGGGCAACCCGCCCAAGACGACCGGCAUUGCGUUCAAGGACCUCAACGUCUUCGGCUUCGGUACUUCCACGGACUAUCAGAAGAGCGUCGGCAAUGUCUUCCUCGAAGCUGCGACGAUGGUCAAGAAGCUCGCUGGAGCCAAGGAGCAACGCAUCGAUAUUCUCCACGAUCUCGAGGGCGUCGUUCACAGUGGUGAGAUGUUGGCCGUCCUUGGCCCCCCUGGAUCGGGCUGUUCGACUCUCCUGCGAACCAUUGCAGGAGACACUCACGGGUUCCACAUCAGCGACGGCGCAACCAUCAACUACCAGGGAAUUCAUCCCAAGGAGAUGCGCACGGCGUUCAGGGGCGAGGCGAUUUACACGGCCGAAGUUGACCACCACUUCCCGCACCUGACCGUUGGCGACACGCUGUACUUCGCCGCUCGUGCCCGGUGCCCGAAGAACAUCCCGGAAGGCGUCUCGAGGCGGGAGUAUGCUGAGCAUCUUCGUGAUGUGACGAUGGCCAUGUUUGGCAUUUCGCAUACGAAGAAUACUCGUGUUGGUGAUGACUUCGUUCGUGGAGUAUCCGGCGGUGAGCGCAAGCGUGUCACGAUUGCCGAGGCAGCGCUAUCUUACUCGCCUCUGCAGUGCUGGGACAACAGUACUCGCGGUCUCGACAGUGCUAACGCCCUUGAGUUUUGUCGCACUUUGAGACUCCAAGCCGAUGUCAUGGGCUGCACUUCCUGCGUUGCUAUUUACCAAGCUUCCCAGGACGCUUACGAUGUCUUUGACAAGGUUGUCGUCUUGUACGAAGGCCGUCAGAUCUUCUUCGGCAAGACCACCGAAGCAAAGGCUUACUUCGAAGGCCUCGGCUUUGUCUGCCCAGAACAGCAAACCACCGCCGACUUCCUCACGUCCAUGACCAGCCACCAAGAGCGCGUCAUCCGCCCCGGCUGGGAGGGCAAGACACCCCGCAGCCCCGACGAGUUCGCUCAGGCCUGGAAGGCCAGCCAGCACCGCACCCGCCUCCUCGCGGAAGUCGACGACUACCUCCAGCGCCACCCCUUUGGAGGCGAGCACUUCCAAAAGUUCCUCGAGGCUCGCCGCAUGGAUCAGUCCAAGUCUCAGCGCGCCAAGUCUCCCUUCACGCUCUCGUACACGGAGCAGAUGAACCUGACCCUGUGGCGAAGCUGGGUGAUGCUGAAAGGCGACCCGAGUAUUACGCUCACCAUGCUCAUCACGAACAUCUUCGAGGCCCUGAUCAUCAGCAGUCUGUUCUACAACCUACCCACCGACACAUCCAGCUUCUUCCGCCGCGCCAUCCUGUUGUUCUUCACGGUCAUCAUUAACGCCUUCGGAAGCAUCCUGGAGAUCAUGACAUUGUACGCCAAACGGAAAAUCGUCGAAAAACAUUCCCGCUACGCCCUGUACCAUCCCUCGGCUGAGGCCCUGUCUGCGAUGAUCGUGGAUCUCCCGUACAAGAUCUUUAACGCUAUCCUGAUGAAUACAAUCCUGUACUUCAUGGGCAAUCUCCGCAGAGAACCCGGCGCCUUCUUCUUCUUCCUCCUCAUCUCGUUCACUAUGACGCUCUCGAUGUCGAUGAUGUUCCGCCUCAUUGGUUCCGUCACCAAGUCCGUCGCCCAGGCUCUCGCCCCAGCGUCCAUCAUCCUCCUCCUGAUCGCCCUGUAUACCGGCUUCGCCAUCCCUCCGCAGUACAUGCAGGACUGGCUGGGCUGGGUCCGCUGGAUCAACCCCGUCUUCUAUGGCCUCGAGAGCGUCAUGCUCAACGAGUUCGUCGGGCGCAACUUCCCCUGUUCUACCUUCGUGCCGAUGGGCCCUGGAUACGGCUCGGUCGCGGCCAACGAGAAGGUCUGCUCUUCAGCUGGAUCCGUUCCCGGCCAGGACUUCGUUAGCGGCACGACCUACCUCUUGACGUCCUACGGCUUCAAGAACUCGCACAGGUGGAGGAACUUUGGUGUCUUGAUCGCUUACACCAUUCUCUUCAUGGGUCUCCACCUCAUCGCCACGGAGUACGUCGCUUCUGAGCGCUCCAAGGGCGAGGUUCUGGUAUUCAGCCGUGCGGCGAUGAGCAAGCGCCGCAAGUCUGGCGCUGUCGAUGUUGAGAGCGGUGCAACUGUCCGAGCUCAGCAGACUGACAAGGAGGACUCUGAGGGCGUUGCUGGAAUGGAGAAGCAGACUUCUGUCUUCCACUGGAAAGAUGUGUGCUACGACAUCAAGAUCAAGGGUGAGCCUCGCCGGAUUCUGGACCAUGUCGAUGGCUGGGUGAAACCAGGAACUCUGACGGCUUUGAUGGGUGUCUCCGGCGCCGGCAAAACAACUCUCCUCGAUGUUCUCGCAACCCGCGUCACAAUGGGCGUCAUCACCGGCGAAAUGCUCGUAAACGGCCAACCCCGCGACUCCUCCUUCCAACGCAAAACCGGCUACGUGACCCAGCAAGACCUCCACCUGCACACCUCCACCGUCCGCGAGGCCCUCAACUUCUCCGCCCUCCUGCGCCAGCCCGCCACCUACUCCCGCGCCGAAAAGCUCGCCUACGUCGACACCGUGAUUGCCCUCCUCGGUAUGGAAGAGUACUCGGACGCCGUUAUUGGCGAGCCCGGCGAGGGCCUUAACGUUGAGCAGAGGAAGCGCCUCACUAUCGGCGUCGAGCUCGCAGCACGCCCCCAGCUCCUGCUGUUCCUCGACGAGCCGACCUCGGGCCUCGACAGCCAGACCUCGUGGUCCAUCUGCAACCUCAUGGAGAAGCUGACUAAGAGCGGCCAGGCGAUCCUCUGUACAAUCCACCAGCCCUCGGCGAUGCUGUUCCAGCGGUUUGAUAGGCUGUUGCUGCUUGCGCGCGGAGGACGCACCGUGUACUUUGGUGAGAUUGGAAAGAAUUCGCAGACUUUGGUUGAUUAUUUCGUCCGGAACGGCGGGCCUGAGUGUCCUCCUGGAGCGAAUCCCGCGGAGUAUAUGCUGGAAGUCAUCGGUGCGGCGCCAGGCGCUCAUACCGAUAUCGACUGGCCCGCUGUCUGGCGCCAGACUCCCGAGUAUCAGACUGUUCAGGAUGAGUUGACUCGUUUGAGCUCAGGUGCUCAGGCCCAGGUCCAGGCACCGCAGACCGAAGACGUAUCUAGCUACAAGGAAUUUGCUGCCGGUUUUGGAACCCAGUUCUUCGAGGUCACCAAGCGUGUCUUCCAACAGUACUGGCGUAGUCCGUCGUACAUCUACUCCAAGGGCAUCUUGUCCUUUGGUGCUGCUCUCUUCAUCGGUCUCUCAUUCUUGAACGCAGAAAACACCCAGCGCGGCUUGCAAAACCAGAUGUUUGGCGUCUUCAUCUUCCUCACUGUCUUCAGCCAGGUCGUCGAGCAGAUCAUGCCCGUCUUCGUCUCCCAGCGCACCAUGUACGAAGCCCGCGAGCGGCCAUCCAAGGCGUAUUCGUGGAAGGCGUUCUUGAUUGCCAACAUCCUCGUCGAGAUGGCCUGGAAUUCGCUUGCCUCCGUCUUCUGCUUCGUCUGCUGGUACUUCCCCAUCGGCCUGUACCGCAACGCCUACCACACCGACGCCACCGACUCCCGCGGUAUCACCAUGUUCCUCCUAGUCUGGAUCUUCUUCGUCUUCACGGGCUCCUUCGCGCACAUGAUGAUCGCGGGUCUGCCCAACGCGGAAGUCGCCAGUGGCAUCGUCAACCUGUUUGCCAUCAUGAUGUUUGCCUUCUGCGGUAUCCUCGCCGGCCCCAACGACCUCCCAGGCUUCUGGAUCUUCAUGUACCGCGUCAACCCCUUCACCUACGUCGUCGAGGGCUUCCUCGGCACCUCCCUCGCCAACGCGCCCGUCCACUGCGCCGCGAACGAGUUCGUCAAGUUCAGCGCCCCGAGCGCGCAGACCUGCGGCGAGUACAUGGCCGGCUACAUCGCGUCGGCGGGCGGGUACCUCGAGAACCCGGACGCGGGCAACGCCACGGAGUGCAGCUACUGCGCGAUGGACAACACGAACGCGUUCCUCAAGGGCAUCAACGUCGAUUUCGCGAACCGGUGGAGGAACUUUGGGCUGAUGUGGGCUUACUGCAUCUUCAACAUCGCGGCAGCGGCGCUGCUUUACUGGCUGCUUCGGAUGCCGAAGAAGAGUACCAAGGUCAAGAAGGAGUAG